AUGGAGAAGAUCAAAGGAUACAAGGAUCUUACGAUGACGGCGGAACUGGAUAACGACAUUGCAACGGAUACAGAACUCCUCAAGCAACGUUACCAGAAAUUUAUUAAAGCAAGCGACCAAGUACGCUGGGCCUUGCAAACUACGAACGCUACCGAGGAGCAAAUCGAGCAAGAUUACUCCACAGUAGCAGAAGUAGAAGAAGAAAUGAGCAAGUUGCAGAGGAAAGAACAGCGCCAGAUAGAUGAGGACAGAAACAGAUUGCUCCAAGACCUGCUUACUCAACAGCAGCAACUCUUUGCAAAUCAGAUCCUCCAACAACAGCAAGCCUACGCCUUACAAAUACAACAACUUAUGGCGCAAAACCAAGCACCAGUUCAGGUAGCAGCAGCAGCAGCUCCAGUUCAACAAGCGACACGUCUCCCCCAAAGACAAAUCAAACACUUUAAAGGAGAUAUUCUUGAGUGGACAUCAUUUUGGGAGAGCUUCUAUGCCUCCAUUCACUCGUCCACAAUGUUGGAUGUUCAAAAAUUCGACUACUUAAAAGAAUACUUGAAGGGGGAAGCGUACUUGUGCGUUGAAAAUCUCGAACUUACUGCUGCAAACUACAACAUCGCCAUAGCAGAGCUGAAAAGAGUCUACGCUAAACCAAAGGCUCUUAUUCAAACUCAUUUGUGUAAGUUUGACAACCUAGCUCCUGUCAAAACAAUGGCAGACGUAUCGGCGCUGAGAAAACUAAUCAUUUGGAGGACUCUUGGCACAAAAUUAAUGAAAUUGCUUCCUGCAGAAUUGCAGAAAGAAUGGUCGAGCUCUGAAGAGAACGACAUCACGGACAUCACAUCCCUACUGGCUUUCAUCAGGGAUCAAGUUGACGUAGCGGAAAGGUACAGCCGAUGGAAAUCGGAAACCACGAAAACGCCACAGCAGUCGACACCGCCAAGUACAGCAAAACAACUACAUGCUGCCACAGCAUCACAGCUAGCGAUUGGAGCCAGGUCACAACCAGCUCCACACACCAGCAAAAAUUCCAGACAAUUUUUGCCACCGUCAAACACACCUGUUAGGAGACAGGACAACUUUGUCAUGCAGGAUGCACAAGACCAUGCAUCUUCUGCGGGGAAGUUCACUACCCCACGGCUUGUCCAGUGA